AAAGCUAAAGACGAAGGCUUAUAAUGCAAGCUAAACAAGGCAUGUGGAGAGUGGACACAUACAUCAUCGGGGACUAUAGAUAUUUUGUUGUUACUUAAUGUUGACUCAACCCUGGUUAAAGAAACUCUUUAUAUAUUUAUUAUUGUUACUGACCCAAACAAACUCAACAAAACCAUGAUCCCAAACGUUGAAAUCCCUCACUGGGACGCCGACGGAGGAGGACCACUCUCUCCGUUCAUCUCUUCUUCUUCCAAUGCUGACAAGUGCUCAUUAUUAUUCUCCUCCGACCAUUUCCGAAUGUUCCAGUUCAAGGUCCGGAUCUGUCCACGUGGCAGGUCCCACGAUUGGACGGAGUGUCCCUACGCCCACCCUGCCGAGAAGGCUCGCCGCCGUGACCCCCGCAAGUACCACUACUCCGGCACCGCCUGCCCCGAUUACCAGAAGGGGAACUGCAAGAGGGGCGACACUUGUCAGUUCUCGCACGGCGUCUUCGAAUGCUGGCUCCAUCCUUCUCGCUACCGGACCCACCUCUGCAAAGACGGAACCACUUGCCGCCGCAGAGUCUGCUUCUUCGCUCACACCACCGAACAACUCCGCCUCGUAGUAACGGAUUCAUCAUCGUCCUCCUUUGUUUCCUCUCCCACUUCGGUCCUCAACUCUUCGUCCUUCUCCGAUUCUUCGCCGUACAGCUUCGUGCGCGAAAUAGUUAACUCAACGCGGAAUGUUAAAAUCGAGGAUUCGGGUUUGACCCGUUGCGUGUUUGGGUCGCCACGUGGCGGGUUUUUAAGUGUGAAUGGGUGCGAGGAGGAGCCUGCUAUGGAGAGGGUGGAAUCUGGGAAAGACAUUAGAGCGAGAAUCUAUGCCAAGCUUAGUAGGGAGAACACGAUUGGAGCCUCUGACCCUGACAUUGGAUGGGUUUCGGAACUCGUCAAAUGACCGCAUGUUUGUUUCUCCCUUGUUAGAUUAUUAUGUUCGAGACAAAGUCAUUUUAUCUUUUCUAACUCUAAACCAAAUAUGCACUGAAUGGAUUCCGUUGCUUUUCAUUUGGGUCUGUAUGUAUAGUUAAGUUGUAUAAUGCAAUUUGAAUAAAAUAAAAUAAAACUCUAUGUACAUAGUUGAGACCGUUUGGGUCUCUGUUUUUGUAAUUUCUUGUCUGACAUUUUUUUUACCCUUGUUCCUGGCUGCCGAAGAUUGGGUAGCACAUUGUUAGAUUUUCUGUUACGAUGUAUGUGUACGAGGGACAUCACAAGAUGACAGAAGAAUGAUGUUUUUUUUUUUUCUUUCUGAACAAUCAUGUAACGUAAGUAUUUUUUUAUUCGAGACUUGGAAGCAAAAUUCGAUUAA